ACAGCCCUCAAUUUCCCUUUCGCUCCCAAUCCGCUCGGUCCAUCCUGUGAAUAGGGGGUGAGCCAAUUGUGGCCAUUUCUGUCUCUCUUUUUGUUCAUUACAAUAUGCUAUCCCUGACCUUCAGCACAGCGAUCCUAGUGUCCAUCUGCCUAAUCUCAGCUGCCACGGCCAUCCGCCCCCGCGCUCCCGAUGCCAAUUCGUGUCCGGGUUACAAGGCGAUCAACGUCAAGAAGACCGAUAGUGGUCUCACGGCGGAAUUGCAGCUCGCUGGGACUGCCUGUGAUAUUUAUGGUAGGGACUUGGCAAACUUGAAGCUGCAAGUGGCAUACGACUCAAAAUCUCGCAUUCAUGUUAAGAUAACCGACCCGGAAGAGAAGAGAUACCAAGUUCCGGAGGAAGUAUUCCCUCGGCCAGACAACAGAGUCAAUGGGCCAGCGAAACCGUCCGACAUUACCUUUACCUAUGCCGCUUCCCCCUUCGGUUUCACCAUUACCCGGCGCUCCACUGGCGAGAAGCUGUUCGACACCACUGGGAAUGCGCUCGUCUUCGAGAGCCAGUACUUGCGACUGAAAACCUCUUUGCCCAACGAUCCUAACAUCUACGGUCUUGGAGAACAUUCUGACUCUUUCCGUCUCCCCAAUAUCAAUCACACCCGCACCCUCUGGUCUAGAGACUCUUAUGGUAUUCCGCAGAAUAGCAAUCUGUAUGGGAACCAUCCCAUCUACUUCGAUCAUCGCGAGUCAGGUACCCACGGUGUCUUCCUUUUGAACUCCAAUGGCAUGGACAUCAAGCUUGAGACCGUGGAUGGCAAGUCAAGCCUUGAGUAUAAUGUCAUUGGAGGUGUCUUGGAUCUUUACUUCUUUGCUGGCCCUGAGCCGGCUGCUGUUGCGAGGCAGUACGCUGAAGUUGUUGGACUUCCUGCCAUGAUGCCCUACUGGGGAUUGGGUUUCCACCAGUGCCGCUAUGGUUACAGAGAUUGGAUUGAAGUUGCUGAGGCUAUUGCAAACUACUCCAUUGCCGAGAUUCCCUUGGAGACUAUGUGGACUGAUAUCGACUACAUGUACAACCGCUGGAUCUUUACUCUUGAUCCCGAGCGAUUUCCUCUCGACAAGGUUCGCGAGAUCGUCGACUACCUUCACGAGCACGACCAGCACUACAUCGUCAUGGUUGAUCCUGCCACCGCUCACCAAGACUACCCAACUUUUAACCGCGGCAAGGAGGAUGACAUUUGGCUCAAGGAGGCUGACGGCUCCAUCCACAAGGGUGUCGUCUGGCCCGGCGUGACCGCGUUCCCCGAUUGGUUUCACCCUAACGCUGGCUCUUUUUGGACUGGCGAGUUUGUUGAGUUCUUCUCCGCUGAUGCCGGUGUCAACAUUGACGGUGUCUGGAUCGACAUGAAUGAGCCCGCCAGUUUCUGCAGCUACCCACAAAAGGGCUCGAUUGAUCUUAUCUCUCCCCCGUACGCUAUUGCUAACGAUGCACCAUUGGGAUUGGGUGACCGCACCGUCCACACUGACAUUACACACUACGGGGGCCUUUCUGAGUACGACACCCAUAACCUUUACGGAACUAUGAUGGGCGACGUCACCUACGAAGCUAUGCUUGCCCGCCGCCCCGGAUUGAGGCCCUUGGUCAUCACUCGUAGCACUUUUGCCGGUGCCGGUAAGCGUGUUGGAAAGUGGCUCGGGGACAACUUCCGCUGGUCGAUCGCCGGUAUGCUCGGCUUCGCCAGCAUCUACCAAAUCCCCAUGGUCGGCUCCGACGUCUGCGGCUUCGGCGGCAAUACCACAGAAAUCCUCUGCGCACGCUGGGCCUCUCUCGGAGCUUUCAAUCCCUUCUUCCGCAACCACAACGGGGACACCUCCAUUCCCCAGGAAUUCUACCUCUGGCCGCUCGUCGCCUCCUCGGCGCGCAAGUCAAUCGACAUCCGCUAUCGCCUGCUAGACUACAUCUACACUGCCAUGCACCACCAAUCUAUCGACGGAACCCCGCUUCUUAGCCCGCUCUUCUUCAAAUACCCCAAGGACACAAAUACCUACAAAAUAGACACCCAAUUCAUCUACGGCAACGCACUCCUCGUCUCCCCAGUCAUCGAGGAGAACAGUACUAGCGCAGAAGUCUACCUACCUAAGGACACCCUUUACGACUUCCACACUGGCAGGAAGAUCAAAGGAGAGGGCAAAAACGUAACACUCACAAACAUUCCCUUCGACGAAAUCCCUUUGCACAUCAUCGGCGGGAAUAUCCUGCCUUUCCGCUCCUCCAGUGCACACACCACCACUAAGCUCCGCACCCGGCCAUUCACGAUCGUAAUUGCGGCGGACGAGCGUGGUGAGGCGAGCGGGGAACUGUACAUAGAUGAUGGAGUUAGCAUCCAGCAGAAGGCUGUCAUCGACAUCACGAUGGAGUACAAGAGUGGAAGGUUGAGCAUUAAGGGGAAGUUCGGGUUUACUGGUGGGAUGGAAGGUGCUGGUGUUAUGGUUGAGUCGGUGAAGGUGCUUGGGAAGAAGAGGGGGAAUUGGGAGAGGGAUGGAGAGGGAGCGGAGGAGGUUGUUGAGAAGAAGGUUUAUGUGGAGCUUGUUGGGGAUGUGGAGAUUGAGGUUAACUGUUGAGGAGUGGGUGGCAAGAUAUCUGAAUUGUGUGUUUGUAUGUAUCUAUGUGCCAAUAUGUACACAAGGUGAAUAUA